GACAAUAAUAAAGUCCCAAAACGGACAAUAGAUGAUUAUUUCGAUUCUGUUACUCCGCCUUCCCAUAUUCGCACAAGCGAAUAUAAUCACAAACGUCAACGUGGACCGAGACAGGAUUUGUAUAAGCAGGACAUUAGGAUUAAGCCUUUUAACCCGUGGGGAUCGGAUAAUGAAGAAGAUAGCAAUAAUGACGAGCGAGAUAUUAGGAUUGAGCCUUCUAAUCCGUUGGGAUCGGAUAAUGAAGAAAAUAGCAAUGAAGAAUUUAUUGAUAGUGAAAGCGAGGACGAUUCCUAUUAUGUCAUUAAAAACCCUGAAACAAUCUCUUUUGAUGAGUAUGUGGGUGUAACUCAUAAUGAGUCUGACUGGACGUUGAAAGAUGGACGUAGGGUCAUUGAUGUACUUACAAAAAACACUGCCGAAUUAGUGAAGUCGAUCUCAGCUAAAAGCAAGAAAGAACGAACGGCAUGCAUCAUUAGUGUUAUUCGGUAUGAAUUUGUAUUAUUAAUAAUAUAUAGUACACCAUGGAAAAGUGAAACUAAAACGAUUGUUGAUACAGUUGAAGAAAUGUGUGGGCUGUAUCACUAUGUUGAUGCACGGGAGUACUUGUUUAAAAUAAGAAAUAAGAAAAAUACUCCAAUGGUUCAACAAAUCGCAACCGCGUAUUUUCAUGUGAUCGACAAAUUCCUUGAUAAUCCACAUUUGUUUAUCGAAGAAAGUGGAAAGCUAAAGAAUCUUAGUGAAAUGGAGUUUGUGAUAAAUAUUAUAGCACCGAUUCUGAACGACGUUUUCAAUGACGUCUUGGAUAUUUUGAAUCUUCGUUGGGGAGAAACUGUGUCAGCUAUUUCCGACAGACGACGAAAGAUUGACCUUAGAAUUGUUCACAAAUGUAGAGAGAUAGAGCUAAGUCAUACAGAGUGCGCAAAGGCUCCAACACGUGCCAAGGCUAUUCGUGACCGCUCAAAAUGUCUGAGAACAGAAAAAGGCGUUCUUGACAAAUUUCUGAAAGAAGACCUAUCGGAUGAGGCAGUCAAAGAUUCGGUAAUCCUUGGAAUACAAUUUGCUGGCCUAGAGGGUCAGAUAAUUGGAGUUGACCUCCUUGACAAUGGUCUUUACUUUGGCCUUGAAGGACCUCAUUUUAGCUUUCCUGCGCAACUAUCAAACAUUAAGUGCCUCCGAAACGCACUUGAAGCAUUAUAUUUCUUUAAAGAAAAUGUUGUUCGUAAGGCAAAUCUCUUUCCUGAUCCAAAAAAAUACAAUCACGCUUAUAACAAGAUAUUUCGCAACAAUUUGGAAUCCCAAGUCAAAGCAAAGCAUUUUAAAACAAAGUUUAUUAGGCCAACCCAUUUCACUCCAAAGGGUCAAGAUCAAACUUCUAUCUGA